CCUCCGUUGGUCUAGCUCUCCAAGCUGAUCGUCUGGGCUAGUCCUCACAUCGGCCCAUCUUCUACUGCCUCUCUGGAGCAGCCAUGAAGUCCCUGGUCCUGCUCCUUUGUCUUACUCAGCUCUGGGGCUGCCAAUCAGCUCCAGGGCUGGGUUUCAGAGAAUUGGCUUGUGAUGACCCAGAAGUAGAUCACGUAGCUUUGAUGGCCGUGGACUACCUCAAUAAACAUCUGCUUUAUGGAUUCAGGCACGCCUUGAAUCAGGUUGACAAAGUCAAGGUGUUUCUUCGGCGGCCCUUCGGAGAGGUGUAUGAGUUGGAAGUAGACACUCUGGAGACCACCUGCCAUGUUCUGGACCCCACUCCCCUGGCCAACUGUUCUGUGAGGCAGGUGGCCGAGCAUGCGGUGGAGGGAGACUGUGACUUCCACAUUCUGAAACAAGAUGGCCAGUUCUCUGUGUUACACGCAAAGUGCCAUUCCACUCCAGACUCUGCAGAGGACGUGCGUAAGAUAUGCCCACAGUGCCCACUCCUGGCUUCACGCAAUGACAGCAAUGUGGUGCAUGCCGUCAAUGUUGCCAUGGAUGCCUUCAAUGCACAGAAUAACGGAACCUAUUUCAAACUGGUGGAGAUUUCCCGCGCUCAAAACGUGCCUCUCCCAAUUUCUACUUUUGUGGAGUUUGUGGUAGCCGCUACUGAUUGCGCUGCUCAAGAGGUCACAGAUCCAGCCAAAUGCAACCUGCUGGCAGAAAAGCAAUACGGUUUCUGCAAGGCGAGUGUUGUCCAGAAGCUUGGUGGGGAAGAGGUCUCAGUGGCCUGCAGAAUCUUCCAGAAACAGCCCCAGCCAGCCAGUGUUGCCGCCGAAGCAGGCCCUGCACCUGCAGCCCCACCAGCUGGCCCACCCUCGUCUUUGGUGGUCGGACCCAUGAUGGUGGCAGCCCCUCCAGCCCACGGAACCCACCAUGACCUGCGCCAUGCCUUCUCACCUGUGGCCUCAGUGGAGUCAGCCUCAGGAGAAGUUGUUGGCCCACCUAAGGUGGUCCAGCCUAGCAUUGUGGGUGCUGCCGGUCCAGCGGUCCAGCUGUGCCCAGGCAGGGUGAGACACUUCAAGAUCUAGGCUAGACUCAGUGAAGUAAGGUGUUGGCAGAGAGGACACGGCCGCCAUUUUGUCCAAGACUGGACCCAAAGCUGGCGAGCUUGUCCGCUGACAGAACAGGUGCCGUCUAACAGCUUGAAUUCCAGCUUUCUUCAUCCCUCAGAGGACAGGGGCAGAGAAGGGAUGGCCGGCAGCAGCACGGCCACCUAUGUGACGACAAACUGCCGCCGUCGUUUCUCUGCCUUCUCGCUGACCUCAUAAAAAAAACGGUUGCAACCGUGACGUUGAAAGGUGCUCUUGCCAAUCUUAUAUCUACCCAUAAAUAAAAGUGCCUGAAGGACCUUUCUUAAAUAAGAAGGUUCUGAGCCAAAA